AUGCCUUAUCCACAGCUGAGACUGAAAGACCCGGGUCACGAGUUCGCCAAGACGAAGCAUAUCCCCUUCCUCUUUGCCCAGCAGACCGUCUCUGCCGCCACCUUCGGCUACCAUUUCUUCCUCUCGCUUCCCCCAGACUACACUGCGCUGAAGGACAAGCAGUGGCCCAUGGUCGUGUUCCUUCAUGGUGCUGGCGAAUCGCAACGGGGCCCAAACGAGUCCUACGCCUGCCUGCGUCACGGCAUCCCCAAGAUCAUCCUCUGCUACGACAGGCUCAAGGAUGGCUCUGAGCCUAGCGUUACCAUCCCCAUGGCUGAGCGCUUGCGCUCGCGAGCCUCCAAGUCCGAUCUCUCAGCCACUCCCGUCCCACCCGACGUGUGCUGCAAAGUUGCCGAAGAGUUCGUAACCCUGACUCCUGUUCUCGACAUGGCCAACGGCUGCGGCUGGAACGAGACCAUCCUGACUUCGCUCCUCGACGAAGUCCUCCCCCAUCUCCGCAUCGAUCUGCAGCGCGUCCACCUCACUGGCUUCUCCAUGGGUGGUGGCGGCACUUGGGAGUUGGCACUGCAUACUCCAAACCGCUUUGCCACUCUGGUCCCGAUCUGCGGCUACGGGGACACUUUGAGAGCGAGUCAGAUUGCCCAUGUUCCGGAGUGGGUGCAUCACGGCGAGCGUGAUGGCAUCAUCGACAUAUCGCGGAGCGAGCGCAUGGUUGCAGCGCUGAAGAAGGCCGGUGCGGAUGUGAGAUUCAGCAGAUACCCCGACUUGGCGCAUGAUUCCUGGACAGAGGCAUAUAACGAUAUCGACUUGUGGACAUGGAUGCUGAUGGUGAAGAGCGAGGUGCCUGCGGUGUCGGAUAUUCUACCGGAGGACGACAAGGCCACUGUUGCCUGA